AUGGCUCCUCAAAGCCAGAUUUCUUUGCUUUGUACCUUGCUUUGUAGUAUAGCAUUCAUCACUUGCGGAGUAGAAGGACAGAAUGGUGCUGAACCAGAAGUGACUCUCGAAUUUGGACGGCUCAAAGGGAGACAAACAAACGUGAAGGGGACAGACAGACUUGUAAAUGUUUUCCUUGGGAUUCCUUUUGCAAAAGCCCCUGUUGGAUCCUUGAGGUUUUCCCCACCUGAACCGCCUGAACCCUGGAAUGAUCUGAGAGAUGCAACUUCUUACCCACCACUAUGUCCUCAAGAUCUGUCCAUGUUGAAAAUAGCUGAAAAAAACUUUAAAGAAAAACACCUUCCAUUCCAAACUUCAGAGGACUGUUUGUAUCUAAAUGUCUACAGCCCUGCGGGUUCAAACAAGAAGGACAAGUUACCUGUAAUGGUGUGGAUCCAUGGAGGCAAUUUUAUAUUUGGUGGUGCUUCUAGGUAUGAUGGUUCUGCACUAGCAGCCUACGAGAAUAUUGUGGUAGUAAUAAUUCAGUACAGACUUGGACUCCUUGGAUUCUUCAAUACUGGUGAUGAACAUGCUCGUGGGAACUGGGGAUUUUUGGAUCAAGUAGCAGCCCUUCGGUGGAUCCAAGGAAAUAUUGAACACUUUGGUGGAGAUCCAGGAUCUGUCACCCUCUUUGGUGUAUCUGCAGGAUCUUGCUCUGUUUUUGCACAUGUUUUAUCUUCAUUGUCCAAGGGUCUCUUUCAUAAAGCAAUAUCAGAGAGUGGAAUUCUAAUCCCCACUGAUAAAGUUUUACUUCCUUCAACAAAUCUUAAGAAAAUUGCAAGUCUAUUUAAGUGUGAGUCGAGCAGUUCACUCUCACUACUGAACUGCCUGAGGAGCCAGGAAGCGAAGGACAUCGUCUUUAACACUACGGAUAUCCCGUUUCUACCCUUAGUUUUGGAUGGAGUAUUUCUUCAUAAGUCACCUGAAGAGAUAUUGGCUGGAAAAGAAUUUAAUGCAGUCCCACUUAUGAUAGGAGUCACCAACAAUGAAUUUGGCUGGAAUAUUAGAUCUACAUCAAAAAUACCAGGUUUGAAGGAAAUUGGAGAUAAAAAAUUAAUCAUUUCAACCUUAGAGCUUUUACGACCAAUCAUUGAUGUACCAUCAGAGUUGCUGCCUGUGGUAGUCGAUGAAUAUCUAGGAGACACAGAUGAUCCUGCUGAGCUACGGGACCAGUUUCUGGAGUUGCUAGGAGAUGUAGGAAUUGUCAUGCCAUCCAUUAAAGCACUGAGUUAUCACAGGGAGGCUGGAGCUCCUGCCUACUUCUUUGAAUUUCAGCAUCGUCCCAGUGCAUACUGGGAUAGUAAACCAGAGUAUGUGAAAGCUGAUCAUGGGGAUGAAGUUGGCUUUGUCUUUGGAGGACCAUAUCUGGCCGGUGACAUUCAGCUACGCAGUGAAGUUACAGAGGAAGAGAAGCAGCUUAGUAGAACUCUAAUGAAGUACUGGGCUAACUUUGCUCGAAAUGGAAAUCCUAAUGGAGAGGGUUUGGUUGAAUGGCCAUCUUACAACCUAAAUGAAGAAUACUUGCAGAUAAAUCUAAAACAAAAGAAAGCCAAAAAGUUGAAAGAAAAGAAGGUAGAUUUCUGGAGAAAGGUGAUGUUUGAAAAGAGAAAUAACAAAAGAACAGAAAACAAGAAGGUUAAUUCAGAGUUAUAA